AUAUAUGAAUACUAAAGGCCAUAUAUCCUUGCGUUUCCACAGUGUGAAUUCAUACAUAUAGCUUCUUCCAGUUCCAUCUUAAUUUCUCCUAGCAUGGCUUCCGUUACUAAUGGAUUCCUGGCAGCCACCAUCCUUUCUCUGCUGGCCUCCGCCGCUUAUGCGCAGCUGUCGCCCGCGUUCUACGCCAGGACGUGCCCCAACCUGCAGACCAUCGUGGGAUCAGCCAUGGCGCAGGUGGUGAGGCAGGAACCAAGGAUGGGCGCCUCCAUCAUUCGCCUCUUCUUCCACGACUGCUUUGUGAACGGCUGCGAUGCAUCCGUCCUCCUCGACGACACGCCGACCAUGAUCGGCGAGAAGAACGCGGCGGGAAAUGCCAACUCCCUCCGCGGCUACCAAGUCAUCGACGCCAUCAAAUCCCGCGUGGAGGCGGCAUGCCGGUCGACGGUCUCCUGCGCCGACAUCCUCGCGCUCGCUUCGCGUGACGCCGUGACCCUGCUCGGAGGGCCAUCGUGGACGGUGCUGUUGGGCCGUCGGGACGCGAGGACCGCGAGCAUGGCCGCAGCGAACGCCAAUCUCCCGCCCGCCACCGAUGGCAUCAACAACCUCAUCUCCAGGUUCUCUGCCAAGGGCCUCGACCUGCGUGACCUGACCGCGCUCUCCGGCGCGCACACCGUCGGCGCAGCAAGAUGCAUAAACUUCCGGCCGCACAUCUACGGCGACUCCAACGUCGAUCCGGGAUUCGCUAUGUUCAGGAAGCGGAUCUGCCCGGCUGCUGCUGGCGUUGGCGACUCCAACUUGACCCCGCUCGACUCUACGAGCCCAAACCGCUUCGACGUCAGCUACUACCGGGACUUGAUGGCCCGAAGGGGGCUGCUUCACUCCGACCAGGAGCUCUUCAACAACGGGCCGGCGGACGGACUGGUGCGGUUGUACAGCUCCAAUGGUCGGGCCUUCAACACCGAUUUCGCGGCGGCCAUGGUGAAGAUGGGCAACAUCAGCCCCUUGUUGGGGUCCGCUGGGGAGAUCAGGCUAAACUGCCGUCAGGCCAAUUGAUGAUGAUGAUGAUUGCUAUAUACAUUAUAUAUAUAUAUAUAUGAUUGAGUACCACAACAUAUAAAAUGUAUGUGGAUGGGAAGACUAAGGGCGUUGAUAUUGUUCUCCAUGUCUUAUAUAAGGAGUGAAUCAAGAAUAUUUAUUAAGGUGAGGGUGCCUCCCUAUUCUAUCAAAA